UCCCGCCUGCUACUGCCAUCCCUGAGUUUGUUCCUUACGUUAGCCACUGCUGCUGCUAAGGCAGAGCAGCUAUACUAGAAAAGACCCUGAAGAAAUGGUGUUAUAAACGCUAACUCAGAAAAGUGAAUUUUGUGCUCAGUGUGGUGCUCAUCAGAAAUUUUGUAGCUUUACACUGCAUGGUUGAGUAACUCUUGUGUAAAGUUUUUAAAUUAGUUCGCACAAAUAAAGCGGACAAAAGGGGUAUACAGGAAAAUUGGAAUAUCAUUGCUGAUAAGCUAUCGCGGGAGAAGCCGCCAUAUUACUCCUGAAAAGGCGACUCAGGGGAGGAGCUCAGUGCGCGUCAGACCACCGUCAGAGGAGGACGUGUAUCAAGUGCUCCCGCUAACUCUCCACCUAGAAUCCUCUCUACACUCUUCCGAACCCACUGGAAACCAGGAAACGCCUUCAAGAUGGGGUGCAUCAGUAAACUUGGGUUGUUCAUCCUGAACUUCGUUGUGUUUGCAGUGGGUGUGGCUAUAGUUGCUCUAGCCUCCAUCAUCAUCAACAAGGACAGCGACUAUGGAAAUUUGCUGUUGUCAAAGGGCAUGUUUACAGUGCCUGUCAUUGUCCUCAUCAUUGGUCUUAUCAUCGUCAUCAUUGGCUUCCUGGGAUGCUGCGGUGCACUGAAGGAGAAUUCCUGCAUGCUGAAGACGUAUGCAUUCAUUGUGGCUGUGCUUCUCAUCUCGCAAAUUGUCCUGGGGAUCCUCCUCCUCGUAUACUCUCAAAAGGCUGAAGAUGUAAUAAAGGAUGGUAUGGAAGAAGUUUUUGAGGGGUAUGGUAAAGAAGAUUUAGCUCUUACAAAAAGCAUUGACCAGAUUCAACAUGAUCUGAAGUGCUGCGGUGUGAGUAAUUACACUGAUUGGAGAGAGUUAGGUCAAGGCAAUGAUGUGACCAUAGGCUGCUGUAAGAAUCAAACUGAUGAGUGCGUUAUAGCUAUGGUCACCAAGCCCCCAUUGGUAGCCACCAAAACUAUCUACACUGAAGGGUGUUUUUAUGCCAUUAAGGAAGAUAUCCAGAGUAUCACUAUUGGACUUGGUGUUGCCUGUCUCAUCCUAGCUGCAGUUGAGGUGAUGAGCAUUAGUUGUGCUUGUGGAAUUGCCAAAAAAUCUAAGCAUUAUGCUUAAUCACCAGCUGUGUAUCCUUAAGUUUGUCAGAAGAUAGUCUACACAUUUGAAAAUUUAAUUAUUCUCUUCAGUGAUCUGUUUCUUCAAAUGGCUCUACUGACCAGAGCCAUGUUUGUAAAAGUGCAACUAGUAAUGACUAUGCCAAAUAUUUAUGUAUUAAUUUGGUUAUUUAGGAUUUAAUUUUUGUGCCUAAGCAAAUUUAUUUAUUUUCUAAAAGGCUCUUUUUUAUUUUUUGGUGUACUGUAUUAAAUUUUUAUUAGUUCACACGCAUCUUAUUUGAAUAAUGAAGUGCAUUUUCACAACUAACAGCUGUAUUUAUAAUAUAUAUUGAAAAAUUAGUCUCAAAUUUUAUAGCUUUAUCUGGAUAUACAUAACUUCUGUAAAAUAUAUGCUCUUGCCAUGCAAGUUGAUUACUUUGAAUGUGUGUAAAUUUGAUUUUGUGUAUAUAUGUGCAUUCCAGUGGUCUUGUUUUGCCAGCAGAUCAUCUAGUAUUGUAUGAAUGGUCAUUUUUAGUAAAAAAAAAAAAAUUUAUGUAUGCAGAUUAUUAAAGUUUUUUCUAAGAAAA